AUGGCUGUAGCUACAAAGGCUCGCAUUGACACGGGCCUCACGAAACGCUCAAGCGAUGUGAGCGAAUUGCGCUUGCUGCUCGAAGAAUCGCGCAUGGAAAAAGCGGAACUGCUUGAGGAGUCACGCAGAGAGAAAACGGAGCUGCAGGCUGUGAUUACCCAGCUCCAAGUCGAGCUCGGGCUUAUGCGGCAGCAGCUUGCAGAAAGCUCUGAACGGGUAGAACGCGCAGCACAGGAGGCGCGGGAAGAUGCCAGGCGUCGCGAGGACGCCCUCAGAGAGGAAGCCGAAAAACGCACGAAGGCGUUAUGCGAAGAGGCCCAGCGCGAUCGGGAGCUGAUCUCAUUGCUUAUGGGAAACAGUUCCAAACCCAGCCAUUCAAGAGGCAACCAGCAACAGCAGCAGCAGCAGCAGCGAAAACAACACCGACAACCAUCACGGCAGUCACUAACUGUGCGACAGUCGCAAGAGUUGCAACCGUCACUACGUCAGCUCCAACGACAGCACCAGGAAAGUGAAUUGAUAGAAGAAGCCUCAUCGUCAGCGGGGACACUCGAGGAUUCCUUCGCAGAAGUUGUCCAGCGAAAGUCGCGUCGUUGGCAGGAGCUGCGGACGGAGCGGCGGAAACAACAACAACACCAGCAGGAGCAGCCGAGGGCGGGUCUGCAGACAACAGACGCAGCUGGUCAGCAACAUCAACGGUGCGAAAACCUGCAGAGACGCUCUGCUCGGAAGAGGCCAGAUGAAAUAUUCGUGGCACCGGGUACGGGUCAAACCUAUCAAACGCUGUACGAAAAAGUUCGUUUGAACCCGAAUCUGGCUGAGGAAAAUCGCCAGAUUCGAAGGGGACAUCGAACGGCGCGCGACCACCUGCGCCUUAAACUGGAGCGCAACGCUGACGCUAUAGCCCUCAUGAAAAAAAUACAGGAAGAGUUAGGUGAGAUGGGUACUGCGCGGGUUGUCACUGAGAUGGCGGAGAUAAUUAUCACCAAUAUUGACAUGUUGGCCACGGAGGAGGACAUCCGCAAGACAUUCCAGACAGUGUUAGAGAAGGAGGCGACGCUGGCUACUAUCAACAUCUGGGAGCGGCGCGAUGGUUCACAGCGUGCCCGAGUGCGAUUGCCACGCAGCGACGCCAACCAUCUCAUAGAUAAGCGGCUCCUAAUUGGCUACUCUUGCUGCAUGGGACUGCCAGGGGAUCGACAGAUCCGGCAUGUGCCUGCGCUGUGGAGCGAUUGA